CCCUGCCCGUGAGCGGACCGGCCCAGCGCCGCCCCGGCGCGGGGAGCGCCGGCCGGGCGAGGGCGCGGGCGAUGCCGCGGUGACGGCCCCGCCAUGGCGAAGCCCCCGGCGGCGGCGGCGGCGGCGUCGGAGGAGCUGAGCCAGGUGCCGGACGAGGAGCUGCUGCGCUGGAGCAAGGAGGAGCUGGCGCGGCGGCUGCGGCGCGCAGAGGGCGAGAAGGUGGGCCUCAUGCUGGAGCACGGCGGCCUGAUGCGCGACGUGAACCGGCGGCUGCAGCAGCACCUGCUGGAGAUCCGCGGCCUCAAGGACGUGAACCAGCGGCUGCAGGACGACAACCAGGAGCUACGCGAGCUCUGCUGCUUCCUCGACGACGACCGGCAGAAGGGGCGCAAGCUGGCGCGCGAGUGGCAGCGCUUCGGGCGCCACGCGGCCGGCGCCGUGUGGCACGAGGUGGCCCGCUCGCAGCAGAAAUUGCGCGAGCUCGAGGCGCGCCAGGAGGCCCUGCUGCGCGAGAACCUGGAGCUCAAGGAGCUGGUGCUGAUGCUGGACGAGGAGCGCGCGGCGCUGGCGGGGGGUGGGGGCGGCGCGGGCGGCGGCAGCGGCGGCGGCGGCGGCGGCGGCGGCGCGGGCUCCCGCAGCUCCAUCGACAGCCAGGCUAGCCUGAGCGGGCCGCUGGCCGGCGGCGCGGCGGGCGCUGGGGCCCGCGACGUGGGCGACGGCAGCAGCACGUCGAGCGCGGGUAGCGGAGGCAGCCCGGACCACCACCACCACGUCCCGCCCCCCCUGCUGCCCCCCGGGCCGCACAAGGCCCCCGACGGCAAGGCAGUGGCCACGCGCCGGUCCCUGGACGACUUGUCCGCGCCACCGCACCACCGAAGCAUCCCCAACGGCCUGCACGAUCCCUCGUCCACCUGCAUCAGGCAGCUGGAGACCAAGGUGAGGCUGCUGGAGGGUGACAAGGCCCUCACGCAGGUGCCUGUCCUGCUUGCUGCAGCCACUGGACAGCAGAAUGAAGGCCAGGACCACGAUCUGGACCUGAAGCCUUGGCAGGCAGGCUCUGGAGAGUUCCGGACUCUGCGGAAAGGCUUCUCCCCGUACCACUCGGAGUCCCAGCUGGCGAGCCUCCCGCCCUCCUACCAGGACUCCCUGCAGAACGGCCCAGCUUGCCCGGUAUCUGAGCUGUCCUCACCCCCCUCCGCCAGCUACAGCUCUGCGGGACAGAAGCCAGAGGCUGUUGUGCACGCCAUGAAGGUCUUGGAGGUGCACGAGAACUUGGACCGGCAGCUCCAGCACAGCUGUGAGGAGGACCUGAGUGAGAAGGAGAAGGCCAUCGUCCGCGAGAUGUGCAACGUGGUCUGGCGAAAACUGGGAGACGCGGCCAGCUCCAAGCCCUCCAUCCGGCAGCACCUGUCUGGGAACCAGUUCAAGGGGCCUUUGUAGGGCCGCGCCUCCGUGGACGUGGACUGGCCCCGCGGGGCGCCCAGGACGAGUCGCAGCCACCAUGUUCGUUUCCUGUGGUGAAUUGUACAUAGGCCGCCGCCCGCCGUGGCCCGGGCCCCCUCCGUCUCCCUCCUCACACACCAGCACACGGAAGACGAGAGGCUGCCGGCUGUGCCCCGCGGCAGAGCGGCCCGGACAGCCUCGUUCCUGCUCUGGGGCCCCACUGCCGAGAGGCCGAAGGCCGCUCUGGGACGCCGGGCCCCGGGGUCACCCCAGGCUGGGCCCGGCCUUGGCGGAGGGGCACCUCAUCGAGCCUUCCACCCCCAGGCUGCCACCCACGCUGGGCAGAGGCCACUGGCAGCUAGACCUGACGCAGGGGGCACCGCUUCUCACCCCUCCGCUGCGGCCUGAACACCAGCUCACCGAGCACUGCGUCCCGAGUCGCGGACAGGGAAGCUUGGUGCGUGUGGCUGGCUGGAGGCCCCGAGGCCCUUUCCUCUGGCACCCCCCCCCCCCCCCCCCCCCCCGCCGCCCCAUGCCCAGCUCCCUGCUGCAAGCUGCUGCUUGGUUUCAGGGUUCUUGCCCCCAGCCCCAAACACACACACUCGCUGCAGAGUCCCCCCACCCUGGGCCAGGUCGUGCCCUAGCUUUUCGGGUCCCUCCUGCCCAGUGCCCGAGGCCUCUCCAUUUCUGUGGUUCACAUGAUGGGCCAGGGAGGUAGGAGGCUGAGCCCCACGCUCGCUCUCUAGGUGGGCAGCACCGGGCUGAGCUGGGCCUCUGGUAUCCCCCAGAGCCUGGCCCCAGCCAGGGUCACUGUGGACAGAGCUACAUGGACUGGCCCUUGGGAGACUUCUGCCCUCUCUGGAAGGAGCCUGACCUGGCUCUGGCUUUAAUUGGCUGUGUGACCUUCAGCAAGUCACUCAGCUUCUCCGGGCCCCUAGUGGGAAAAGGAGGCCUCAGGUUCUCUGGGCCGUGCUCACCACCUGAGGCCACCGGCUUUGUUCAGCCUGGGCCUCCGUCGCGGCCCGCGCGCCCAGGUGGUCCAUCCAGCCAGAGGCUGCUGCUGGCGGGGCUGGAUGGAGCCAGGGACCGAGCGGGGUUCCACUGCCUUGCUGCCUCCUCAUAGGUGCUGUCACCUCCCCUCCCUGAGCCUCAGUGUCCUCCACUGGAGAAGGGACAGCCUCAGGCCCUCCUCGCAGGGCUCGGGAUCGAACGAGACCUUCAGUGUAAAUGACCAUGUACAAACUAUAGAGUGUGAUAGAGAGACGUUGAAAUUGGUGAGGAAGGUGAGGCCCAGAAGGUGGGUGAUAGGGGGCACAUUACAGACGAGCUCCCGGAUGCUGGGAGGUGGGCGGGCCACUGUGAAUGCUGUUGGCGUCGGCCCUGACGGCCACUCGGUCCCUCCCUCCUCCUUCACUGUCCGGUGGUUGCUCAGCUCCGUGCCGCAAGCAUUGACGAGCCCAGAAGACCGCUUUUGCAGCAGGCAGGCCUCGUCCAGGCCCACAUGAGGGACGGGGGCCGGGCGAGGGGAUGGGGGAGGCCACCCUGUUCCUAGAGCCCCAGCGGGAACUCUGCGUCAUUCCCGCUGCCUGUCGGCCAUCGGCGCCCUUGGGUCGGUCGUGCACUCUCAGGGGAAAGGCUCGCAGCCCUCAUUGUGCCCAGGGAGUGCCAAGUGGGGGGCUGGUGGUGGCGACAGGCGUGUUCCUCUUGCGCUGGGUGUUACAGGGAGCUCUGGGCUCUUCCUGGAGGGAGCUUGCCAGCAGGUCAGGUGGUGAGCUACCUGUCACUAGGGGUAUGCGUUUGAAGCUGGGGAACACCCUUGGUCAUGGUACCAGGCAAUUCUUGUCCUAGUGGGCAGUGAGCUGGGAGGUAGAGGCCCCCUCUGGAUCUUGGAGUCCAAAGAACCAUAGAGCAGCCCGGGGUGGGGGGGAUGGGUCCAUUUUGGGUGGAAGCCACAUCUGGGAGCCCAGUUGUCAUGUCUGGAUCAGGUUGGCUUGGCCACCACUGAAAAUAAGCAAUAAGUAAGGGCUCCUGGUAUCUGCAGAUCCGCAAACUGACCCAGGGAAGCACAGCUUUGAUGGGACCGUCCCCGCCUCCGGAAGGAAGUGACCCUGUCCCUCAUGCUGUGGUGGCGUCCGGGGGUCAGGUGCAGCCUUUCCGCCUGGACCCUCCUGCGCACCAUAGAGGCAGCAGAACCAGGCGCAGACCCACCGCUGCUCGUGUUCCUGAGCCAAGUGCAUGGGGAUGGCUUUCGAGGACAGAACUGUACCUGUGACAGUCAUCUAACGUAAUAAGCUGUUAAAAAAAAAAAAAAAGCCAGCAGCACCCCUGCCUGACCCCACGGGGCAGGGGGUGGGUGGGUGCAGUGGGACCCCACAGACGGGGGAGGGUCAGAGGAGCCUCACGACAGGGGCGGCCAGGGGCCAGGUGAGCACGAGUCCCAGCCCUGCCAGCAACACGGGCGUUGCGUCCGGUGACGUCGGGUGACCCUCCCCCCCUCCGGAGCCUUAGCUGUAGAAGCUCACGGUGGGGGGAGGGGUGUUGCCGAACUUGGUGCCCUUUCGUAAAGGUCCCUUUACGUUUCAGAUACUCUGAUUCUAGAUCUUGAAGCCCCACGUGACACCUGUACUGGGGCUUCAGUUCCCACUGUGAUGGAUGUCACCCUUCCAGCCUCACCCCAGGUGGCCAAGGCCAUCCUGGGAUCAGAAUCUGCUGAGCACAUUUUUUUAGGGUGGCACAUUUUUAUCCAAAAGUUAUUAGCUACACAUCAGUGUUUAAAGAGAAAAAAGUGACCUUUCAUUUUUUUUUUCUUGGAAACUUGAGAGGAAACGAAAUACAUACUACUGAUUUUUUUUUUUUUUUUAAAGGAACAAGCUAAAUGCAUGACUGCAGAGCGGUAGAGGUGUAUAUUUUUCAUACUGUAGGGGGGGGGAGUAUUUGUGCUGCUUUCUGGAAUUGGGCUGGAAUGUUUGGUUGCUGGCCCCGGGCCGUCAGCCAUGCUGUUCUCCAUGGUGGGUGACUGCCGUGAGAACAGGGGCCAGCCCCUCACCCGGCUCCAGGAGGAGCUGGGAGCUGUGGACCCCUGUGCCCGUUUCUACCUUCCACUGAACCACUUUGAUUUGGGGAGAGAAAAAGAAAUAGAACUUUUGAUAGUGUGGUAAAAACAUUGAUUUGAACUAUUUUAGUAAAAGGAGUAACAGAAGAUUGUGAUAGUGUAUACUUUGCGCUAGAUAAAUAAAGGCUCUUUGCAAGCCUC